CCCGGAAGUCGGAGAGCGGCGUUGCCAUGGCGGCGUCAUUCGGGCAGGUGUUGGCCCUGGUGUUGGUGGCCGCUCUCUGGGGUGGCACGCAGCCGCUGCUGAAGCGGGCCUCCGCCGGCCUGCAACAAGUUCAUGAGCGUACCUGGGUCCAGCAAUUGCUGCGGGAGAUGAAGACCCUCUUCUUGAAUACCGAGUACCUGAUACCCUUCCUCCUUAACCAGUGUGGCUCCCUUCUCUACUACCUCACCUUGGCGUCCACAGAUCUAACCCUGGCCGUGCCCAUCUGUAACUCUCUGGCCGUUGUCUUCACAUUGAUUGUUGGAAAGGUACUUGGAGAAGACGUUGGUGGAAAACGAGCCGCCGCAGGCCUGGUGCUCACCGUGACUGGGAUCACACUGUGCAUUGCCAGCUCAGUGAGCAAGACCCAGGGGCCGCCGGCGACCCUCUGAGUGGUGGAGCCCACCGCCAGCUCUGCUGUCUCCAGUGCUUCCACCUGAGCCUCAGCUUCCCGCUUUCAACCGCUCCCUCACGGAUCACUCAGAGCAGAGCACCAGGGCUCUGGGACCUCCAGGUGCUGGUCAGCUGCUAGGCCUUGGCAGCAGGGCCGCCCUCUCCCCUGCAGCAGCUCCCGGCUGCCCCCCUUUUACUAGGAAGGGGCUUCAAAGAGUUUUGGGGAAAAUGCAACUGAAGAUGGCCCUUUCCGCGCUUGUUGAAGCGCUCGGCUCGGCUGUGCUGGGCCAGCAGCAGGAUGACGAUGCUGGGUGGCAGCACUCCUGGGCCCGGAGAGGGCAUUGCAGACUUGGAGCCAGCAAUGCCAGGUGCCUGCCGUGCCCCGGGGCUGGAGAGGAGCUGUCGCUUGUCCUCACCUGUCUCCCCUAGGAUGGAGGCAACAUCCCUCGCCGCCUAGGCCAGUGCCCAGCGGACCUGCGGGGCUUUUAAUAAAUGUGUAGUCAACAGA